AAUUGAGUGUGAUGUUUUUUUGAGAAAAUGUUUAACCAAUACUUGCAUUAGUUAUUGGGAUGGCUGUAAAGACUCUGUUUUUUGCUUAUCUAAAUCCACUUGUGCUGGUUAUGAACUAGGUUGGGAAUUUGUUGAUUUUGUUUUGUCUAAAGGAACAUUCAGCGGUUUUGUCAAUUUGUAUUCAAACAAGUACAAACGUAGAAGUAUCUCUUAUUUGCCAUUUAUGUCUACACAAACAUUUAUUGAUUGGUUUUUUGCUUGGGCCUCCCACAUGCACAUUGAUUUUAGAGAAAAAUGUCAUAUGUGUCCAGAAAAUCAACAAACACCAGUUUUAGUUUGCAAUGCGACAAAAAUAGGAAUUAGCUUUAAAAAUUCUUUUGUAAAACCUAUAGAGUCAGCUGAACUUUAUGAGAUUGUUCCAACACCAUUACGGCGACUAGAUAGAUCAUUUAUUUUUAAUUCAGAAAAAUUAGAUUCUAAAAAGUUUUCCGAGGCUAGAGCUCAUUUAAGAAAGAUUUGUCUAUAUAUUCUAUCUGAUGAAAACUCUAAUUAUUUAAACUUUGAUGCUGAUACAUUGAAGUUGAAUUCGGUUCUUGUGAGUUAUAUUCCAGCUGAAUGUGUACCAUCAUUUCAGCUAAUGAUUUCUGAAUCACCUGUCCCAAAUGUUUUGCGAUGCUCCUAUGCCAAAGUUUUUAAAAAACUAGCUGCUGAUAGCUCCCUUGAUUCAUUAGUCCCAUUACGGUUCACUAAUGAAGUUGCUUGCAUAUGUGAACAAUUUUUAUCUAAUCUAGGUGAUUGUGAACUUGUUGUUAAGUUUUGUUAUUUAUUGCGUUGCUUCUCUCCUGAGCUAGCUAGAUUAGUUGAAAUAUCCUCUAACUACAACAAUACACCUUCUGGAGAUAUUUUGCUACUAAUAAAAUACUGCUGUAACUUUGUGAAAAAAAUUCAUAUUAGUGAUGUUGAACCAAAUAACGCAGAAGUCAUUGAAGGCACUUAUAAUCCACCGCAAUAUGGUAGAGCAUAUUAUUUUGAAAAGCAUGGGUGCCAAAUAAGAAAAAUGCGAGUGUUUUCUGCAGAUAAAAGUUCCAGUAACAACAUGUUUGAUGAUGUUCCAUCAGAAAUCUGCAAUAAAUUGUUUCCUCAAGUAUCUAAAAAAGGUGUUUCUUUUCUUUUUUUUUGGUUUUGCCCUAUACAUGGCCAUUGUUACGGAUUCCAUAUUAUCCCAGGGUCUGAGGGAAGAAAAGAUCCACAUGCCUCGUUGUAUACACAUCUUGAAGUUGCUCCAGAAAAUAUUGUGUAUGACUUUGCUUGCAGCCUGUCAGAGUUUUGUCACAACCGUGAAUCUGGUUAUUUUAAAAUACCUCCUUUUUUCAUGAUGUAUUUCAUGGCUACACACAUAAAUGUGCUGAUGUUUUUCGGUGUAAUCGUUUGGGGAAUUUUUAUCCAAUCAAUUCAUCUAUCUGCGAACAAUUUAAUAGCUUUUUGCAGAAUAUAA